AUAUAUUGGGCUGUAUGUUGUGGGGUUAUAAUGGCGGCCGGACUGGCGGUGAAUGGAUUUAUCACUCUAGUUAAUAUCACCGAGUGGUUGAGGGAAGGAAGGUUGAAGCUCUGUGAUAAGGUCCUAACGAUAUUGUGUUUGACCAGAUUUUUCUUACUAUGGAUUUUUUUCCUGGAAAUGAUUGGGGUUCUACUGCAACUCAUCCCAUUCUCCGCAUUUGGAAUAUAUUGUAUUUUUUAUGUGUUUGAGCUUUCCCUGGACUAUUUCAGCCGCUGGGUGGCCAUGUGGCUCAGCGUCCUGUAUUUUGUGAUGAUAACCAUCUCCAAACAACCUUUCAUGCUGAGUCUCAGGUCCAAGAUCCCCUCCAUCACGAGGUCCAUGCUGUGGGUGUCCAUCUUGCUUUCCUUCUUCCCAGCCUUGACUUACUCCCUGACUGAGAAAGACUUUCCUUGUGUACAAAACCCCAACACAAAUAUCUCAGCCAAUGGGACGUCUGGAUUUCCCAGACCUUUCCUAUUGACUUCGUUCUUCUUUGGACAUUGUGUCCCUUAUAUGAUGGAAAUGGUCUCAUCCGUGUAUCUUCUCUGUACGUUGUUUGUUCACGUUAAACACACAGAAACCAAGGUUUCCAGCUUUUCCACCCCCAACAUGGCCGCCCAUUGGUCGGUUAUACGAUACAUUUUUGUACUGAACUUCAUGUCUAUGUGUAAUUUUGUUGCUAAUAUUUUUAUCUGGUUCUGGAUCUCGGAUAGAGAUACCCUCGCCGUCUCACUGAUAUAUAAUAGUUUAUUCAUAUCCAGUCUUGCAUUCAAUCGUUUUCAUCCAGAACAAUUUAAAGCUGAAAAGAGAAAUUCAAAAAAUACUCCAUUGUUCAAAAACAUUUUGUUGCCCCAAGAAAGAACCAUCUGA